AAAAAAAGAAAUAAAAAAAAAAAAUAGUCAUACCUUCUUCACUUUAAAACAUAUUUUUUUAUUAUUAUUAUUGCUCUUCAUUAUGACUAUUAGCUGCAUCAUUUGCUACGGAUCUUUGAUCAACGACGAAAGUUGUAUAGCUGCUACACUUUGUGGACAUGUUUUUCAUAAAAAUUGCCUUUCUGAAUGGAUGAAUUGUUCAUUUACUUGCCCUAUCUGUAAAAAGACAGUUACACCUGAUAGAAUUAUAGCACCCAUUUUCUUUUCAAGUGUUGAUUCUAAUGGAGAAGAGACCUCUAACACAUCUGUAAGAGCUCAACAAAUGGUUGCUGAAAACGCAACGCUUAAAAAGCAAAAUGAAAUUUUAUUAGCAGAGCGCAAUACAUUAUUGAAUAAACUUACUGAAAAUCGUCAUAGAAUAAAUAUUUUAAGUGAGGAUUUGAGAAAUGUAACAAGAGCGAUGAGAUAUCUCAAGCAAUUAAGAAAAGUGGCCGAUAUGGAUGAUGAAAUGUCUAGUCCUACCUCACAAGCUUAUUUAAGAAGCCUUAAUUCUUUACCUAAUAAAGAAUUAAUCAUUGCUACUGCAGCUUUGCAAAUCAGAUUUAAACUGGCUAUUAAAAAACACGAUGAAACUACGAGACGAAUGCAUUUUAUUGAAAGAGAUAAUAUUCGUUUAAAGAAAGAGCUUGAAAAAGCAAGAAAUCAAAGAACAAAGCCCAAACGUAAUGCAGGUGUUAUCAUAUUAGAUGAUACUGAUGAAGAAGAUAAUGUACAGAUAACAAGCCAAAAUAGUACACAAAAUGACAAUGAAGUCAUUGUUCAAGAAAAUGUUCAGCCACAGACACAAGGAAGUCUCCAAGAAAGUAGCAGUACUGCCCAUUCCAGUAAUAAUGCCCAUCACAAUUCCUCUUCUUCUUCCUUGUCUUCUUCUUCUUCUUCUAGUAAUGGCAUUUAUUCUCGUUUAAAUGCUUACUGUCGAAACUACUUUGGCCGUAAGGCUAAUGAUGAUACCAGAACCAGUACCAAUACCACCACCACCACCAUCAACAGCAGUAGCGACAGCGAUGACAGCGUUGUUAUUGAUGAAAAUAAUGGCAAGAAGAGGUAUACUCAUUAGAAGUGAUACAUAUUAUUUAAAUAUAAUUAUUAAUAUAUUCAUUUAGAUUAUUCUCUUCUUUGUCUGAAUCUGAUGGUGAAGAGUUCUCAGUAGAGGAACACGCCUCUUCAUCGUAAGUAACGCAAUAAUAGCUUCUUUAUAUGUAUACAUGUGUAUUUAUUCGUGCAUCUAUAUUUGUUUUUAUUUUAGACGUGUGAGAACACAAAAGGUUAGAAGACGUAGUGGUUACCCCAAUUCCCAUGCUUGAAUAUAAUCAGCAUGUGGAAAAGGGGUAAAAAAAAAA